AUGCCACCCUGGGAAAGCCUGGGUCACUAUCAAAAGUGCGUGCCGGAGUUAUCCUCGUCUACGGGUAACCGCCUUCCUGGUAGGGCAUGUCGUCAGUUCCUUCUGUUGGGCCAGGGCGAUUUCAUCCAGCGGCUAAUGGACCUACUGCAAACGGAGCUCGACGCACCCGCAACCGCAAUUCAUCGUCAUCAUCUCAGCGAGAUUCUGGAGUCGGCAAUCCGCGGCACAAAUGCCCAGUACGAGGCGCCGGAAAUUCUGCAGCGUCUUGACGUCCAGCUUUUGGAACUUUCUGACAGUAAGUGGCCAGUGGCUCUUCACUCCAAACGACCGGGGAGUUAA